UCACUUUAACAAUGCAGUUUUUAUAUUAUUGUUUGGUGUUCCUCUCGACCGUAUCCGUUGCGGUAUUAUUCGAAGUCAAAAAGAUAUACGUCAUCGAACGCGAUUUCAAGACAGGUCUGUUGAGAGCUCGCCGACAAAACGUACCGGUACAGUCACACACCGUGGCCAGGAUCGGAGGCCUCCAGGACCAUCACCAUCACCAGCAUCAGCAAAAUAAUAUGUUCUCAGCGGCCGCUGUGUCACCACCGCCACUGCAAUCGAUGUCGGCGGGYGGUCAGCUGCAACAGCCGCCGGACUUGGCGUCCACAGUAGACCUGACAGCCGACAGCCGGACUCCUAUCGAUUAUCUGACGCCACCGCCGAACGCGGCCGACUUCCAGUUACUGCAGCAAAGCUUUCCGGGCGGCGAACCGACGACGCUGAAUCGGCCGGAGUCGCACGUCCAAAACGUACAGGCACCACCGCCGCCGCCACUCGUACCGUUAACUGCACCGUCGGCGCCCGUAGCAGUGCACACGUCGCCGUUCACACCGAGUGGAGGCACAGGUGGCGGCGGUGGCUUUCCCUCGGCCCAGACUCAACCGCCACCGUCGCACGGCACUACGUCACUCGGUUCACUCGCGGUACAGACGUCGUCACCCAGUAACCAGGUGCACAGCCUGACGUUUGCCAACCCACCACUGGAACAGUUCACUCCGUACACACCGUCACUGCAGGCGAACGAUCCCGCGGCCAACCACCAGCACCAGCAAAAUGGGGGUCGCUGGGAACUGGGAUUUGACGCUAGUGAGAUACUCACGCCCCCGUUCUUGGGCGGCCCGGAACAGCCAUCCGGCGGCAGUGGCCAGACGUUCUCCCAUCAAGAUUUUGGUCAAGAGACAGCUAGUUCGGUACGCAACAACAAACAGUAUCCGGCCAACGGUGGCGGAUCUUUAUUCUUCAGMGGAAGUGGUUUCGACGCCUCCGCUGCGGCCAACACCAAGUUCACGCCGCUGGAUGCCGUCAUACGGCCGUCGUCGUCCAACAAAAACGUGUACUGGGGCACKCCAAAGACCGCUCAACAACAGCCGCUCAGGCCACCAUCGCCUUCAUUCGCCGAACCGAACGCGUUCCGGUUCAACAACAACAACAACAACUAUUUGCACCAACUACAUCAUAACCCACACCAUCACCACCAGUACGUGGACGCGUUCCAGAUGCCGUUCACUGGUCAGUUCGACGGGCCGCUGUCACAGGGCACGGUCACUGACCACGUGGUGCACAGUUCAUUCAGGAUCAAGCGGCAGCUACGGGACGCGAGAUCCCCRCCACCGGAAGCGCGAUCGGACUCGGCCGACAGGCGCAGUGACGAUGAUCGAUUCGGUGACCGGAAACCCGUUUACAGUUUUGUCAAGACGGACAGAAACGGAAAUUUUAAAUGGAGCGUACGACACGGGUAUUAAUACCCAUACAACAUAUAGGUCACCAUCGCCACUCGCUCAAUCGUUACAAUUACCUAUAUUAUAUUAUAAUACGAUGGUAUUGUAAUAAUAUUAAAAUGUCAUACCUAUAUUAAUAUAUUA